UCGGGGUGAUAAAUUCCAUCGAGGAUCGUUUCGUUGGGCUGGACACGUUUAUCAGAGAACCAUCCGCGCAGCAUGUCCUCGGAGUACUCGUUCUGCAGUGAGGGCGGUUUCGACGAGCUCUCGAGUUCCUCGGACUCCGGUUUCGACGUGAGCUUCGAAUCGCCGAAGCACGAGGUACAAUCGGACACCCUGUUCCCACCAGCGAAGGAAGAAAAGCGGAAGAAAACCCGAAACACACGGUGCAAGAGUCCCACACAGGUGCUCAGAUUGAAAAGGAGCCGUCGGAUAAAGGCGAACGAUCGCGAACGACACAGGAUGCACACGUUGAACGACGCGCUCGAACGUCUCCGGAUGGCGUUGCCGACCUUUCCGGAAGACACGAAGCUCACGAAAAUCGAGACCCUCCGUUUCGCCCACAACUACAUCUGGGCACUGUCACAGACGCUGGGGAAUUCCGAGACAGGCGAGAUCACGGUGAACGUCGGCAACGUGACAGUCAGCAUCAGCGAGAAUGGAAACAUGAUCACAUCCUCGACCGGAAGUUGCGCGGUUGCCGCGCAGAAGCGGCUCGGCCCGUCGCACACCGUGUUUCCCUAUCCCCAGGAAAGAUUCGUGCCCGAGUGGCAGGAGUACGACUGCUACAGUGAUCAAAGUGUCAGCCCACCGAUGCAGUAUCAGCAGUGUUACGAUCAGAGGAUGUACCACGCGCAGCAUCAGCUACCUGCGCCGCAUCACAUGGGACACGGCAACAUGUACCAGUGUCUUUAGAUUGUUGGUCACGGGAAUGAUCGCAAGGAUCACGGACAUUGACGAACGGUUUCAUGUUCAUCGUUGAAAAAGUUGUGAAUCCAUAUGUGAACGAUGGCAAUUUAAUUGAGGAAAUUUUAUGGACGAGUUUCGAGGGAAUUUUCAGGGUUAGUAUUUUCGGAGCUUCGAGAUGAGUUUAGUACUUGCUGAGUAGAUAUAUGUAGAUAUUAGUAAUCGCGCGAGUCGCGUGAGUCAUCGCCGCCAUUGUAGCGAGCAACGAUAGAAUACCUCAGAAAUUUGCUCACGUUCACAAGUGAAUCAUAAAUUGACAAUUGAUAAAAUUCGGACGUAUGUGGAUGAAUAGUUUCCAACUCCGUGAGAUCUUUAAAUACAGGUACCAAGAUCUGAUCGAAGCUGAAGUUUCCACUUGGAAAUCAACAGUCGAAGACCAAAGAAUUUUGAUCCUCCGUGCUCUAGUGAAUUAUUUUACACCGCAUCCUACGAAGUUCCGAUAUAAUACGUAAUAGCAUGCGAUAAGAUUUACAAGCAAUACGAAUUCAUUCAGCUAGUGAUUAUAUUUCAUAGAAAUCUGCAUAUGUGAAAGUCGGGCGUCGUCCGAGACAAAUUCGUCGCGUCAAAUAAUCGAGACGUGAUUGUAAAAAAAAAAAAAAAAAAAAAAGAAGAAGAAAGAGUAGGCCAGUGCGUAAGAUGAUCGUUAUUUACUUUGUAAGAGAGCAUUCUAUUCGCAACGAAUUAUUAGGAUUAAGAUUUAACGCUAGACGAACCGAUAAUCUCGUAUCACUGAAAAUCCAUUCACCGUCGUUUCUUGCCUUGUGGAAACAAGAACAAAAAUCGAAACGCUCGUGUGUAGUUACAAACACGUACUAAAUGUCGCGUUCCUUUUCUUUUCUAGUCAUCGAUGCUCUUAGGUUAAUCACGACCAAUCGCUUGAUCUCACCCUUUGUUUCUAGAUUACUUGUAUUUAAGCGUACGUCUCCGCCAGUGCUCUUAUCGGAUCGUGAAAUUGCCGA